AUGGGAGGUGUUGACCACCAUCACUGGUUAGUUGGAAAAUAUGCGAAGUCACGUGAGGCGAGUGACUUGCAAAACUUGAUCCCUGAGCUGUAUAUAAUAAGCUGCGUGCAGAAUCCAUAUCACAGUGUUCCACAACAGCAGCUGGGUCGGCAACAGGAACCAGAAAUGGCUAUCUUCUUCGAUUCUUGGGUGACUGAAAUGUUGGCUCUACUGUCAACAAUUUUCGCGAUACUGUACGUCACAUUUAAAAUCAAUUACACCUACUGGAAGAGGAAGGGUCUGCCAUACUUGGAGCCGUCUUUCCCAUUGGGAAAUGGCUGGAACACAGCGCUAAUGAGGAAAUGUCCGGGUGAAGAUAUGAAAGACGUUUAUUUUGAAGCGGAAGGCAAAGACGUCGUGGGUAUUUACUCAUUAAACAACCCUCUUCUCGUUGUGCGGGAUCCAGAGCUGAUCAAAACGAUCAUAGUGAAGGAUUUCAACUAUUUUCCCGACCGGGGCAUCUACGUAGACGAGGAGACAGACCACCUGACGGCGCACCUCUUCUUUCUCGGAGGAACCAAGUGGCGGUCUCUGCGCCAAAAGCUGACGCCCACUUUCACGUCGGGAAAAAUGCGGGCCAUGUUCAGCAUAUUGCGCGACUGUGCGCGGAUUCUGACUGACGUCACACCUGCUGGUAGCGUUGUGGAAGUCCGCGAGCUGAUUGCCCGCUACUCCACCGACGUCAUCGCUUCCUGCGCCUUCGGCAUCGACGUUGACAGCCAGCACAACCCCGAGGCGGAGUUCCGUCAGUGGGGACGGCGCAUAUUUAAGCCAUCUAUCCGUUCUUUCCUGACUCAGGCUCUGGGAUUCUCUAAUCCCAAACUGCGCAACCUGCUGCCAAUAGCCUUCACACCAAAGGACAUCACAGAGUACUUUACACGUGUCGUUGAUGACACAAUCAAACAUCGGGAGAAGACUGGCGUCAUUAGGAAGGACUUCAUGCAGUUGAUGAUUCAGUUGAAGAACAAUGGAUAUGUUGAUGACAGCUUCUCAAUCACUGGGAAGAAGAGUGCUGAACAGACAAGUAAGACGCUGACGACCAAGGAGGUGGCAGCACAGGCGUGGGUGUUCUUCCUCGCAGGGUUUGAAACAUCCUCCACCACCGUAAGCUUCUGCCUGUAUGAGCUCGCUAGACAUCCGGAUAUCCAGAAGAAGGUGCAAGAAGAAAUUGACGACUUACUGAAAAAGAACAACGGUGAUGUGACGUACGACAUUAUAAUGACCCAGAUGCCGUACUUGGAAAAGGUGGUGAAUGAAACCCUUCGUAUGUAUCCGCCCGUUCCAGUUUUGAAUCGCGAGGUGGUGCAGGAUUACAAGCUGCCAGGAUACGACUGCGUCUUGGAGAAAGGAACUAAGGUGCUCAUUCCAGUCCUGGGACUUCAUCACGACAGGAAAUUUUUUCGAAACCCCGAGAAAUUCGACCCGGAGCACUUUUCUGAGGAGCAGAAGGCAUCCAGGCAUCCCUACUGCUAUCUACCCUUUGGUGAAGGGCCACGCCUCUGCAUUGGGAUGCGUUUUGGACUGAUGCAGGUGAAGUUGGCACUGGUUCAUCUACUGUCAAAAUUUGACUUUCUGCCCGUUGGAGAGAAGCAGUCGAAACUAUGUAUGGCUCCAAACAACCUCGUGCUGACACCAAUCGGCGGAAUCGAGUUGAGGGUGGAGCAUCGACGAAUGGCUGUGAGCUGAAAGCUCGACUGAAACUGAAGCUGAAGCUACGGUGAACAGCUCUGGAAGACUAUCUGCACACCAUUUGCACACUCUCUUGAGAACAGGACCCAACAAAUAACUCUUUGUUGUGAUGGAAAAUUAAUGUCAUUUUAUUCCUUACAGUGAGAUAUUAUAAUUCACCAGUUGAUACUUUUCCUCUCACAACAAGCGUAGUUUUUUUUCUGUGUUAUGUAAGGUGAUCAUUAAGACUUAUAUUAAUGUAAAGUUGUACAGUUUUUUUAUUACUUUUUAUCAAACGAUAAAGAUGCAUGUAUUGCAAUGUCUCCAAUUUA